AAAAAAGGAAAACCCAAUCACCAUUCACCGAGCAAUUCAGACAACAAAGGAUUAGAGCAAAAAAUCCACUUAUAGUCUCAACUUUUUUUCUAGUAUUGCUCAAACAAACAAACUCCAAGAUUGCCAAAGAGUAAGAAAGAACUCUUCCUCUCUCAUCAUCAUCAUCUCUGCACUUUCCCUCUUUCUCCUUAAUUAUAAUAUCCACAACUCAUAAUCUUCCUUAAUUUGUUGCUCCUAUUUCUCUCUCCUCAAAAAUGGAAAUUCUCUGUAAUAUCAAUCAAUAGUCUAUCACAAACUUUCCUUUUUUCUUUCCUUUUAGAGUUUAGUCUUCUCUUUCUCUCUGCUGCUUGUUUUCAUCAACAGUCUUCUGAAUUCCUGCUGGGUUUAUCAAGAAACCAAAGAUUCACUUCUUCUCUCUUUAGGUUUUUCAGUUAUUAAUCCAGAGAGUGGAGCAGUAACCCUAGAAGAAGAACCAGUUUUCAGGAGGAAUAACAAAACAGCGCAUAUUCAAUUUAAUAUAAGAUCCAUCUUAGAAGAAACGAAGCACCCACAAAUUCAUGGAGUUAAUCCCUGAAAUGAAUGGCUCCAACUCUGAAAACACCAGCUUUAAUAACAUAAACACCAACACCACCACCACUACUGUCUCGGCGGCAACUUCAUCAUCACCGUCAUCAUCCGCCACUCCUAGCCGCUAUGAGAACCAAAAGCGGCGAGACUGGAACACCUUUGGUCAAUAUCUCAAGAAUCAUAGACCUCCCCUCUCUCUUUCCAGGUGCAGUGGUGCUCAUGUCCUUGAAUUUCUUCGAUAUCUCGACCAAUUUGGCAAGACCAAGGUGCACACGCCAAUCUGCUCAUUUUAUGGUCACCCAAAUCCACCAGCUCCCUGCCCAUGCCCUCUUCGUCAGGCUUGGGGGAGUCUCGACGCGCUCAUCGGACGCCUCAGGGCAGCUUUCGAGGAAAAUGGAGGAAAACCUGAAGCAAACCCUUUUGGAGCUCGUGCAGUAAGACUUUAUCUUCGUGAGGUUCGUGAUUUGCAAUCCAAAGCGAGAGGUAUUAGCUACGAGAAAAAGAAGCGUAAGCGUCCACCACAGCAGCAAAUCCAAGCUCUGCCGCCACCAUCAGGUGCAACAUAAACAUAUCUUCAAAAAAACGAAAGAAACAAAGAGCCCUUUUGGCUACUCUCUUCAUAAUCAUCACCUUGUAUGUGGGUACUUCUCUUCUCUUUUCUUUUCUUUUCCUUUUGGUCCAAGUAAUGAUCUUUUUUAGUAGAAUUAUUUAGGGUUAGCUGUUUUAUUCAAAUUUUUUUUUUCUGGGUUAUUUUCUGUUUGCUUUCACGGAACAAUGGCUAGAUCUGGGAAUACAUUGAAUCUGCUUUUGAUGCAAACAGUGGCAGUAGUAGUGGGACUAGUGGUAAUGGUACUAGAAGAAUUGAUUGUACUUGCAGUAGUUUCUGGUCUUAUGUGGAACUGAGAGAGCAUCUAAUUGCUCAUAGACUUACAUGUACUUGAAUAUUCACGUAUGCCAAGCCAUAGAUUUGCAUACCAAUGUCUGUAUCUUCAAUUCAUUUCCUCCUUUACUUUCUCU